ACCUAAACAGACCGUUGCAGGGAGCAAUUGCAGUUGUUGGUGAUGCGUCAUAAGCACCUAGGGAGUCACACCCCUCACCAACCCCUCCACUCACAUCACCACAUCACUCUCCAAUUUUCAGACACCCUCCGAUCCCAUCUCUCUCUCUCUCUCUCUCUCUCUCUCUCUCCCUCCCUCCAUCCAUAUUAUCUUUCACAUUUUUCAUACACAUAACAAAACACAAAAACAGAGCAGAAGCAGCGUAGAAGAUGGCAAUGGCUUCGGCGCUUCGAAGGCUCUCUUCUUCAUCUCCAAUCUCUCUUCGCGCUCUCUCUCAUCCUCGCCUCUCUUCUCUCAUGUCAUCUUUGCCUGAUCGAGCUGUUGGCGAUAAGCAAGAUUCUCGCGUAACGUGGAUCAAUCAAUUGAAUGCUCCGCUUGAAGAGAUCGAUCCGGAGAUUGCCGACAUUAUCGAGCUCGAGAAGGCCAGGCAAUGGAAGGGACUCGAGCUUAUUCCUUCAGAGAAUUUCACGUCAUUGUCAGUUAUGCAAGCUGUUGGUUCAGUGAUGACUAACAAGUAUAGUGAAGGUUAUCCUGGUGCAAGAUACUAUGGAGGAAAUGAGUAUAUUGAUAUGGCAGAGAGAUUGUGUCAGAAGCGUGCGUUAGAAGCUUUCGGACUAGAUCCUGCAAAAUGGGGAGUCAACGUGCAGUCCCUAUCCGGCUCUCCAGCUAACUUUCAGGUUUAUACUGCUUUGUUGAAACCCCACGACAGAAUCAUGGCCCUUGAUCUUCCUCAUGGCGGACAUCUUUCCCAUGGUUAUCAGACGGACACAAAAAAGAUAUCUGCUGUCUCCAUAUUUUUCGAGACAAUGCCAUACAGAUUGGAUGAGAGCACCGGUUACAUUGACUACGAUCAGAUGGAGAAAAGCGCUGUGCUCUUUAGGCCAAAAUUAAUUGUUGCUGGUGCAAGUGCCUAUGCUCGCUUGUAUGAUUAUGAACGUAUGCGUAAGGUUUGUGACAAGCAGAAAGCUAUUUUGCUGGCAGACAUGGCUCACAUUAGUGGCCUAGUUGCUGCUGGUGUUAUCCCGUCUCCUUUUGAAUAUGCAGACGUUGUGACAACUACGACUCAUAAGUCACUGCGCGGGCCUCGUGGAGCAAUGAUCUUCUUUAGGAAGGGGUUGAAAGAGAUCAACAAAAAAGGGGAAGAAGUGAUGUAUGACUACGAGGAUAGAAUCAACCAGGCUGUCUUUCCUGGACUUCAAGGUGGUCCACACAAUCAAACUAUUACUGCCUUGGCAGUUGCACUGAAACAGGCUAGAACUCCUGAGUACAAGGCUUACCAAGAACAAGUUUUAAGCAACUGUUCCAGAUUUGCAAAGAGUCUCACAGAAAUGGGAUAUGAAGUAGUGUCCGGUGGAACUGAGAACCAUUUGGUUUUGGUAAAUCUGAAGAACAAGGGAAUUGACGGGUCUAGAGUUGAAAAGGUUAUGGAAUCUGUGCACAUAGCAGCAAACAAAAACACCGUCCCUGGUGACGUAUCUGCCAUGGUGCCCGGUGGCAUUCGAAUGGGAACUCCUGCUCUGACAUCGAGGGGUUUUGUUGAAGAGGAUUUUGUAAAAGUUGCUGAGUUCUUUGAUGCUGCAGUGAAGCUGGCUUUGAAGAUCAAGGCUGAUUCAAAAGGAACAAAGUUGAAGGACUUUGUGGCAACAAUGAAAGAUGACAUCUAUAAGUCUGACAUAAAUAACAUAAAGCAUGAAGUGGAGGAAUAUGCCAAACAGUUUCCCACAAUUGGUUUUGAGAAGGAGACUAUGAAAUACAAACAAUGAAGUAAAAGAGUUACAUAUUGAAGUGGCAUAACAUGGGCGGUCGUCUCACGUUGACAGAGACAAAGAAGAGUCAGGCAACUUCACUUCGACAAUUAUUUUUGGGAAUUUGUGGAGCAAAAAUGCACAGGGGAUGGGAGGAUCGUUACUUGGAAUUGUUAUGGUCUUAGCUUGAUUGUGGUCUAGCAAUGCGUAAAACUCUAUUAAUGUAGUCUAAUAUUGAACCAACCACCUCUGUCUUGAGUUCGUGCCAGCCAGGCGCCUUGCCUAUAGAAGCAAAAUAUAUGUAAUAGUUCCUAUGUAAUACCAAUGUGUAACAAUGAACAAAUCACAAUUCGCAUAGAGGGUGAUAUUAAAAAUACUACUGCUCUGGAAA